ACGUCACUGGGCAGUUCUCGCUCACCCCUGGCUCGCCAUGAAGGCGGCGCGCGCUCUGCUUGUAGCCGUAGCCAUGCUGGGAGCGGCGCCUUCCUGCACAGGGUUGAUAUGUUUGGAACCACCUCAGAACAUUACAGUUUUCAUUGUUGAUACAAACAUCACUCUGAAAUGGCUCUGGAAUAAUCCAUGUGGCCUCAAUGGGACCUUUUCAGCUCAGUACCAAAGAGAAUCAGACAGUGAAGAGAGCAAUGCUGAAAGCUGGUCACUUAUUCCCGAGUGUCAGGCUGUAAGAAUCACAGAAUGUGACCUUUCAUCAGCUAUAACAGACUAUUUGCAUUUUUAUAAUGUGAGCGUAAGAGCAGACACAGGAGAAGAGCACUCUUUCUGGACUUAUUUAGUAUUUUCUCCUUAUACAGAAGCCCAAGUCGGUCCCCCAAGAGUUCAGUUAGAAUCAAUACAUGGAGGAGAUGUGAAAAUCAUCAUUUUCAGUCCUGAAGCAAACCAGCAAAGAAAAAUGUGGGACUUGCCUCUAAGCUACAAGCUAACUAUCUGGAAAAACUCAUCCUAUCCUCAGGAAAAAAUCCAGGAUAUUUUUCCAGGACAAACCAUUCAAGACCUUGAGCCAGAGACUGCUUACUGUAUGAAUGUUAAAGUACAUAUGGAUGAUCACAAUGCUUUCAGUAGUCCAGACACCUGUAUACAGACACCUAAAGCUUGGGCUGGUCUGCCUCGUCCUGAAAAGCUUCAGGUUGAUGCACUGAAUACAAACUUCGUUUUGCAUUGGGAUAACAUGUAUGAUGCAAAUGUGAGCUUCGUUGUACAGUUUCUCAUAGGUUCUAAAGCACAGAUGUCUCACGAUAUCUCAAAAAACUGGCGUAAUGUAUCUGGAUGUAAACACAUUACAACCAAGUACUGUGAUUUAUCACGUUCCGUCGACUUCGUUGGAAUUUACUAUCUCCAAGUACAGGCUGUGAAUAGCCAUAAUAAUAAUAGUGAAUCACCUUGGUCUAAAAUGCUAAAAUUUGAGCCUAGAGAAGACACUAAACUGGGCCCACCUAGCGUCACGAUUAAUGCCAGUGAAAAUUCACUUAACAUUUUCAUUACUGCUCCGGGAGAAUCUGAAAAAAAUCCAAUGAGUAAACACUAUGAGUUGAUUUACCAAGGUUGGUACUGGGCAGACUCUUCACCACAAGACAAGAAGAAACUGGAAAAUAAAUCUUCACAAUUUAUAAUCCCAGACUUGAGCUCUUCUACUUUAUACUGCCUAAAAGUACAAGCAUUUGCUCCAGCAUAUAAUAAAAGUAGUGAGUUUAGCAGUGAGACGUGCACUAAAACUGCCAAAGGAAAAUCUUUAUCUCCAGUCAUUUUUAAAGUCUUUGGAAUUGCUCUUGGUGUUAUUGUUUCAAUAGUGGUCUUAGUUGGUGUUAUAUAUUAUAUAUACAAGCAGAUCAAAUAUGCAUUCUUUCCAUCAUGCAACCCUCCACUGACCAUAGAGAACAUUGAAGGAAAAGAGUUGCACAGUUCCUACUUGCUAACUUCAGAAGAGCCAACAGAAAACUGUGUUGUCAUAGCUGACAGUAACAUUCUAAAUGAAGUUGACCUGACUGACUUUAAAGACCAGAAGGAGUUGGAAGAGAUCAGCCAAGACUCAGGAAACUAUUCCAAUGAUGAUGGUAUCUCUAGGACUAAAGACUCCCAUUUAAUCCAAGAACAGAAAGCAGAAUAACUCUGUAAAAUAAUGGGUAGAAGCCAUUAUUAUGGGUAGAUGAAGGGGUGCAUAAAUAGCAACUUGCAAUUUAUGCGUCUUGCUGUUAGCUUCCGUAUAAGAAAGACUUUGUGCCAAGACAUGAUCUGGUUCUUGCACCAUAGAUUUUGAGUUUUGCGUAUUGCUGUUGGCACAAAGGCUCAGGUGUGGAGAACACUUGAUUUCACUACCAAAAUGUUUACUUCAUUUUGACUAGAAACUGAUGCUUAAAUGGAAGUUUACAAACAUGUAAUAUAUGUCUGUGUGAGUGUGUAUGUUAAAUACAAAAAACAUCCUAAGACAAUCCUAAAGCUAGACUUUACCACUGUGGAUGCUGUGUUGGUUGAUAAAAGUAUAAAUAACUGUGAGGAUUACUGAUCAGCUAUAGGCUACAGCGGAGUAACACAGACUAUAGCAGUUUCCAAAUGUACUGACAGGAUGGCCUCUCCAGCUUUUCACAGGGAAAUAAUUUUUGCUAUAACCAAACGCAUGCAAAUAUUGUUAGUGUUUUCCUUACCAUGUUGAUUUUAGGUGACUGACAGAGCAGUCUUAACACAAUGCCUUCUCUGUGCUGUAUUUCAUUGGUUAUGUGACCUUAUUCAAGAUCACAUAUAGUUUAGCCAGUAUUACUUUAUACCAAGUAUUCAAAACAGAUAAAGGGUUUCAGCCACAUGGAUACUUUGGAGAGUAAGUGUAAAAUGUCUUUCUCUCAAUGGUGGUCGCACUUACUAUAUUGAACUGCCUUCCUUCAGAAUUUAAACAUUUGCCACCUACGUUUUUUGUUUGGCAUAUGUUAAAAACAUGUUGCCUGACCAUUAGUGCAUUUCAGUUUUAAUGCAAAUAAAGCAAACUCUUUUUGAGAAAGGUUUUUAAGAAAAAAGUCUUACCUACAAUUUAGUUGUAAUUAAAAAGUACAAAAAAUCUUAGAAACUAAGUCUUGGAGAAUCAAAAAAGUCAAAUGGUAAUUAGGGGGUCACCAAUAAAUACUUGAUUUGGGGCAAG